GACGCAGGCACGCAGUCACGCAGGCACGCAGUCACGCAGUCAGAGGCACGCAGUCGCAGGGACGCAAUGCACCGUCAACUUGUUCACAUCGGAACAAUCCGCUGUCAACAACCGCGAGCACACAGACCAACACGCUGCACAGCACCGCACAUGAGACAGAGCGGCCCGUUCUCUGGAGGCAGCUCAGCAGAGCGUCUCUGCUCAUUGGCCCUUUGUGCUUCUAGAAACAUCAGCCUCUUUUUUUCUUAACGCAGCCUGCAGCGCAGCCGAGCACUGCAAUGUGCUGACACCAUCAGCAGCUAUUCUAAAGCCCAGCACAGCUCCAUCACCAAAGCCUGGACGAGGAGGAAAAGCCUGUAUUUCAGUGAGCACACGUGUGCUGUAUAAUGUUCUGGAUCCACUUCUGUUGGACGAGUAGUGGAUGAUGUGCUGCGGAGCCUCCUCCCACACCGUCACCUGCCACUGAUGAUCCAUGGUUCAAUAGUUUAUGAUCCCUGAGCAGCAGCAGAAGCAGCAUAAUAACACAAUUAUUGAUCCAAACUUCAUUCAUCACUGUAGACGAGCACAGACUCUUAAACUCGGAGCCUUGAAGUCCAACCAGGACUUGAUGACAACUUUGUUUUCUCUUUCAUGUUCAUCUGUCCUGCGUAACGUCUGCUCCACCCUGGUUUCCUUUUCUAAGACUCCCUCGGUAUCAGUGGCUCAUACGAGUCACCGCGAGGGAGCAGGAACUGCAGCAGCAAACUAGAAUGUUGUGAAAGGAGACGUGACAUCAAGCAGAGGCUCACAACAGCUUCCAGGCAACGGACCGGUCCUGCACCGGAACCAGUCAAGAGGAGGUGCACAGGAACGGAUCCGGAGGUGGAGCUGGACUCACUGCUACCAGGUCCGUGAUGCUCUCUGUUGGAUGACGAUCUAGAGGCACAAUGUCCACGUCGGAUUCGGAUUGUUCUCUCGACUGGCUCGCCAGCGAUGAGGACGACUGUGACGGUCCACAGAACCCUGAGCUGGUGGUGGAGCCACCGGCGCCGUCCUCGACCAGAAGCUCCUUCUGCUCCGGAACCCACAAGAGGAGGAGGAGCGACUGUAAGGACGAAGACGCAUUCAGGCCCAUUCAGGGGUUCACCUCGGUGUGUCUGUUGGCCCGGGACAGAGCGCACGGUACCGGUCGGGCAGAACCAGACACAGAACACAAACAGUUCACGCACAAGCUCGCGGAGCUGCAGUGCUACCUCCAGCCUCUGUCCACCAUCCUGUGCGGCCUCAGAUCAGGCAGAUACUCUGAACGACUCAGCAGGUUUCAAGAGAGCGUCGCAAUGGACCGAAUCCAGAGAAUAAUGGGCGUCAUCCAGAAUCCAGACAUGGGUGGACGCUUCUUCAGUAUUAUACUGAAAAUGGAAGAAAUGCUCCAUAGUUGGUUCCCUCACAUCAAAGCUACUCUGGCGCAGACGGACGACAGCACUGCAGCCAAGAAGCAGAAGCAGCAGAACCAAAGCAGUGCCUCCUCUCCACACGUGGAGCCGGCAGCUUCCUACUCUUCCACUCAGCUCAGGCGGCUUCACUCAUCACUCGCCUGCUCCCUGAAGGCCCCCGAGUCGAGGCCCAGCCCACCAACACGCUGCAGCCAAGGAGUGACCCAGGACAACGCCGUGUCCUCCAGCACAGACUCACUCGCAGGGCCCAGGCGCCGCCUCAGCAGGGGGCCGCUGCCCUUCAAGGUCAGCUCGCCUUGUCUGGAAAGACUCCUGCAGGCAAAGGAGAGCAUCAUUGCUCCCAGGACUGUGGGGGAGGACGGCUGGUUACCAUGGCUGCCUGCAGACGACAGCUAACGCGCUGUGGUGAACCUGUGGCCGACGUGGGGCCGGAUCUCAGAGACAGGCUUUCAUCUGUCCAGAGCCCCAUGAUACAAUAAAGAAAGGCCUUUGAAAAGCACCAAUCACAUCCUUCUUGAUCUUUUGUUGAUGCAGGACGAAAGAGUCCAAACAGGUGCUGACACCCGUUAGGUUGUUGUUGAGACACUGGGAAGGUUAAAGGUUCAAACAGCAGAGGUGCUACUCAGACAAAUUCAUACUCUAAUGAAGGAACCAUGAGCUCAGAGGUUCAGUUCACGGCUGAAUAUUUGACUCUUACCGUGUUUAAGCGACUUGUCUUGAGGUGUUAAAUGAUUUCUACCUCAUGAUGCUGCCUCAAAGUAUCGGAUUUGUACCUUCAAAUUUGGCUGGAUUUCAAUAAAAUACAUUUGACAAGA